AAUUUGCGCAAGCGCGUGCCGCGCCGGCGCCGGGGCGUCCAAGUCUCCAGUACGGGCACGGCCUUUGAGCCAGCCUUUGGAUGGGCAAUGGUGGACCUCCGAAGUCACGAUUCCACUGAUGCUUUCCGUUAGUAGCGCAGGAGUGCAUUGGUGUUCAGGGAGGAAGGGCUGGAAGCUUAAUGAAUUCCACAAUGAAGCAGAAAAGAGAAGAACCCCAAGGAACAAUAAAGAAUUAUUUCUUGGACAAAGCAAAUGACAGUCCUCUACCAAGACGAACACUUAAGAUGAUUCAGCCAUCUGCAGCUGGUUCUCUGGUUGGCAGAGUAAAUGAGGCAAACUCUAUGAAGGCCUCAUCCAAAAGGAAGCUUUGGAAUGACCAAUUAAUAUCCAAGUCUUCUAACACUGAUGUUGCUGUAGAGCCAGAGCAUAGUGAAAAUGAAAACCUUGAAGGAGUCUCUCAAGAAGCUUUUGAUCUCAUGAUUAAAGAAAACCCUCCUUCUCAGUACUGGAAGGAAGUGGCAGAAAAACGGAGGAAGGUUCUUUAUGAAGUACUACAAGAAAAUGAGAAACUACAUAAAGAAAUCGAACAGAAGGACAAUGAAAUUGCCCACCUAAAAGAAGAAAAUAAGGAACUGGUGGAACUAGCAGGACAUGUGCAAUAUAUGGCAGAUAUAAUAGAAAGGUUAACUGGGCAGUCUGUAGAAAACUUUGAAUUACGGGACAAUCUAGCAUUUGAGGAUUCUGAUUCUGGAAGAGAAGAAGUAGACAAAGAUUCUGAAGAAAAUAGCGAGAUCAACACGUGAUGAAUGAAAUUCUUUACCUACAAAUGAAUGGCCAUACAUAUAAACAUUUUAUGUUUGACUGUUGGGAAAUAACACUGCCCAAGUUUACCUUCAUAAUCUUUGGGUUACUUUUCUAAUUGGUGAAAACUUUGAAAAUUUGAUUCUUUUUUUUUUUUCCUUUCAGCUUGAGUCUUACUGGCAGAGAAUUAAUUGUAUUCUGCAAACUAUUAUAGUUUGCCUUUGGACACUUGUAUUAAAAUACAAAUACUAUGUAUUUUUAAUCUUGUGAUACUUUAUGUAAAUAGCAUCUUUUCAAUUGAGUCUGACAUGACUUAUAUAUUGAUAAAUAAACUUCAGUCUCCCAUCAAUAAAAGCAUUGUUUAUAUAUCUUAUAUUUAUAACUAGGGAGCAUAUUUGGGAAGGAUGAAUGUUAUUGUUACCUUAUUUUCUAUUUAUGUUGUAUUUUUGUCAGUUAAUAUUUAUUCAGUACUAUAUUAUGUAUUCUUUGGGGAACCCAAAAUGUAUGAAGUUUUUGCCUUUAAGGAAAUUAUAAUCUGAUUUGAGUAUAAAACACACGAAAGACUUUAACAUAAUAUUUGAGUAACAUCACACAUAAAAAUUAUAGAAAUGAAAUUUUAAAAAUUGCCAGAGGGGCAUCAUUGUUUUAUAAGAAUUUUUAUAGGUUUCCUCUGAAUAGCCAGUUCCCCUAGUAUAUUAAAAAAAAUUUUUUUUUUAAAACCCUUACCUUCUGCCUUGGAAUCAAUGGGGGUUAAGAAACUUGCCCAGGAUCACCCAGCUAGGAAGUGUCUGAGGCUAAAGUUGAAUCCAGGAUUUCACUUUCCUAGGUCUAGAGCUCUAUCCACUGUGUUACCUGGUCGCCACUUCUAGUAUAUUUUAAAUUAGAUAUAAAUCAGAUCACUUCCUGAAGAUGUGCUAAUAAAGCAAGUUACUGGAUUAGUACAAAUCACAAGAUUUAUGUAGUGCUUUUAAAUUUUUUUUUUUUGCCAGACAUGAUUAUUUGAUGGUAUUGUGAAUUUCUGAUAAGAAAACCCCUGAUUUAAAUGCAAAUGGGUACAGACUUUAAAUGCAAAUGGGUACAGACCAGUAGUUUGUUGUCUGGAGGCCCAGGGUCAUAUAGGCAAAUAUAACAAAGUUUUAGGACUUGAACAGAGUUCUUACAGAGGUUUGUUCUAUUUGUUAUACCAUUGCUGCCUUUGUGUUAACCAUAGGUAAUGGAGUUCCUCUUUCUCUAGGGGUUUUAAUUAAUGCUGGACAACCACUUGUUACAUAACCAAGAAUCCCUUCUAUGAUAAUCAUUAUCACUUGCCCUAGAUGACCUUUGAAGUCCCUUCUAAAACCAUAAAUUCUGUGAUUUCUGUAAUGAGUGACUUUUCAGAUAGGAGGGACAAGGAUGAGAGAAAUGAAUGUUAAAAGGUACAAACGUAAAUUUUGUUAUUUUGCUGAUUAGUUGUGUCCAUCUCUUAGCAGAGAUAUGGUAGUGUUUUGCCAUUUCCUUCUUCAUCUCAUUAUACAGAUGAGGAAACUGAGGCAAAGGGGUAUGUGACUUGUCCAAAGUCACACAGCUAGUAAGGGUCUGAGGCUAGAUUUGAACUUGGAUCUUCCUGACUCUAGGGCCAGCACUCUUAUCCACUGUGCCAUUCAGCUGCUGUAACAUACCAGAGAAAGGGUGGUUUAGGAGAUAGAGGCUGCUCCAAUGGUGGAAUAUAACAAUGGAGUGAAUCAUUUAACAAUCUCUAAAGACAUGCUAUAACUUCUUGAAUAAAUCAGAAGUGAAAAUA